UGCGAAUAUUAAAAUAACGCUCGUACUUCGCGUAUCUAACGUCUCCCCGAGCCCGUACAUUACCAUUCACACGUCCAUUGUUGUGUGUGACAAAUAAAAAUAAUAACGCGCGCAUUGUGUGUCAACAAUCCGUGUUGGACUCCCCGCCGACCCGGGACCAUUGAAAAGGGAAAAACGCGAUAAAACAAUAAUAAUAAUACUCUCUCAGGGUUGCCGGCGGAGUCUGCUCGGCAACGACACAAAAGCUAAAAAAAAAGGUAUUUCCCGAAACGGUUAUCGGGUUAACAACACCACAGUACGUGAAUAUUAUAGCUGUGUAUAUAGAAAAGGCCGCUGAUGUCGGGUGCGCUCUCUACAACUAGUACGCCAUUGACCGUGGUCGUGGCGACGGCUGCAACGGCGGAGGGGUGUGUGAAUAUUUUGGGCAAUAAACGCCUCGGUGAGAACGCUGCCUCGUCGGCGACGGCGACAAUAAUAAAACGCUUGUGCGGCAGCCGUCCCAACGCCCGAGCAGACCGACGAGCAUUGUCGGAAUAGUGAGUACUCAGUAGUAGUAGUAGUAGUAGUAGUAGUAGUAGUACUGAGUAGUGAGUACUACUGAGCGUCGCGCCGCCGCUGCUCGGUCGUCGUCGUCGUCGUCGCCGACGCCGUGUUGAUGUCAUUGUUGUCGCCCGGCCCGCCGCUGUGUGCGUGCGUGUGACACGGCGAGUGUUUUUUCGAAGCAACCUUGGGAAGCGGCGGCGGCGGCGGCGAGGCGACGACAACGACGACGACCGGGUUUUUGUUUUUCCCGAUGUACAAACGGAAAACAUUAUUUUGUUGAUCGAAAUCCGGUGCGCAUGCGCCGCGGCAACAACGCGCCGCGGCCGGCAGUUGUUCACUAAACAUUGUUUUAUAACGUGAACUAAACCCAAGGCCGGUGCAGUUUGCCAUCAACCAUCGAAACGCGCGCCCGUUUCCGCCGAUUGUUGCGACCGCUGUGCUCCUCUUGCAUCUUCACUUCUUCGUCGACGAUCGGCCGGCACAACGACAUCAUCCAUAAUAUAUAUUUUUGACACAAUUAUCGCUAUAAUUAUUUAAAAUCUCCCGCCCGACGGCACGUUAUAAUUAUUAUUAUUAUUGUUGUUGUUUGUCGGUCUUAACGCCGCCCACCGACCCCGCAUGCGCGUCACCCACCACUCGAAACCGUCCGAAAUUCGAAACGAAAGCUCAACGGUUUUCCACUCUCGUCCGUCGCGCAUCGGCGGAAGUCGUGUGGCGCGGUGGUGGUCCACGAACCCUGUGCCGGGGCGGCCAUGGAGUGGUACCGAGAGCAGACCAUCCAGCUGAUCGACUUGUUCCGGGCCCGUCCGGCCCUGUGGGACACCAGUUCGGUGCACUACCGUAACAAGCGCAUGAAGAACGAGUCCCUGGAGCAGAUCAGCGCCAAGCUCAAGUGUCCCAAGGAGGAGAUCGCCAAGAAAAUAUGUACGUUGCGCGUGCAGUUCAGCCGGGAGAACGUCAAGGUGAAACGGGCCCGGGAAUCCGGUGGCGUCGCUUACAACCCCAAGUGGUUCGGCUACCAACUGCUGUGUUUCCUGAACGAUCAGUCCCGGUACACGUCGCAGCCGCUCAACAACUGUUCGACGGGCGCCGCCGCUGCCUCGGGGGCGUCCGGAGCCGUGCCCGGCGGCGCAAACGCGCAAAACCAAGCAGACAUGGAAAAUCAACAUUAUAAUUGGAGUCAAACAUCUGAGGACAGUUAUGCAGAAGCAAAUGAAACAAAUGCAAGUGGCUAUGAGGCAGACAGUGUUCUGGCUUCAAUGAUGCACGAGUCCAUGGAUGACUACCACAACCAGGAACCUAUAGUGGAUGUGCAGGAACCACAAACAUGGUCAUCAUAUAGGAAAUAUCGUGGUAUGCAGCCAGUAACAGGUGGAGAUUAUUCAGAUGAUGAUGGUGGAGGCUAUAUUAGCAGAAAGAUGAUGCGAAUGUCUAGGCUGGAUGUACCUUCUGAUGAAUUCAAUACAUUCUCAGACUAUGUUGCUGAACGGAUGCGUAACCUUAAAGCCGACAAAGCUCUACAGCUAAUGGCUCGACGAGACAUUGAACAAGUGUUGUUCAAAUACGAAAUGAAAUUGUUGGAGCAAAAGAGAGACUCCCAACAACCCGACACUGAGGCAGCAACCACGUCAAAGUCUAUUUCACCAUCACCCAUCAGCGACCUGGAACAACAGUAAACCAAAUCUUAUUGUGUUAUAGUGUUAUCUGCGACAGCAUUUAUUAAGUGAUAACAACUAGUCGUUGACCAGCAUCCAUUCAUGUACAUUGUUUUAGAUAAUAUUAAUAUUGAAUAAUUCUAUUGGGGGAACUAUUAAAGCUCAUGUUAACCCUGAAGUUAUACAUAUAAUAUUUUAGACAUUUGUAUACAGCCAAUAAUAUUUGUUUACAAUACUAUGUAAACUUAAAGACAAUUUAUAUACAUAAUUUUUGAUUCCUAUAUAUUUCUAUUAUUAUUAAAUGUAUGUAUUUCUAAUAAAACAUUUUACAUUA